ACCGCUCGUGUCGUCAAGCCCCGUGUCUCCCGCACCAAGGGCCACCUGAGCAAGCGCACCGCUUUCGUCCGUGACGUCGUCAAGGAAGUCUCCGGCCUUGCCCCCUACGAGCGCCGCGUCAUUGAGUUGCUCCGCAACUCCAAGGACAAGCGUGCCCGUAAGCUCGCCAAGAAGAGGCUCGGCACCUUCGGCCGCGCCAAGAGAAAGGUCGAGGAAAUGACCCGCGUCAUCGCCGAGUCCCGCCGUGUCGGUCACUAA